AGUAGCUGCUUGUUUCUCUCGCGAGAUCUGACAACAUCGCGCGUGAUCUAAACAAACAAGACGAGGAAAUAACAAGAUGGCGUUCGACGGAGAAGACAUUAUUGUGGUGUAUUGACGCUCUGUUUCCAUCGCAAUCCGUACUUUAAUAUAAUACACAUUUUUAAGAUUUUUUUUGCAUCCGAAAACAUUAGUCUGAGCGCUCUUUAUCGCGUCUUGUGCUAGCUUAGCUUGCUAGUUAGCUUAGCUUGUUAGCUGCUAACAAAGAGACGCGGACGUUAUCAACACAUCGCUAAGUAGAGAUCAAAUGUGAGUGUAAAGUGUUGUGAUUGUGUGAAAAUGUGCGAAAGAACGAUAGCAAAGUAUGAGGAGGAACUUUGUCCAACAAAAGAGGAGAAGGAGCGACAACAACUACAGGACGCUAUUUUCAAGAAACAUCAAGUUGUGUUACACAGAACAGAUGUCCAGCAGGCCCCCCACACUAAAGAGGAAGAGGAGGAGCCCCAGCCCCCUCACGUUAAAGAGGAAGAGGAGGAAUGUCAGACCACUCCAAAGGGAGAGUGUCUUCUAGGGCAGGAGGAGGCUGAUCUCACCGAGUUUCCACUGACUGUUGUCUCUGUGACGACUGAAGAGCAUGAAGACAAACCACCUGAGUCCUCACAGCUUCAUCACAGUCCAGAUGUCCAGAAGCUGAUUGGUUGUCAAGAAGAACCUCUCCCUCAGUCACCGGAGGGGAGCUUCACUUUGAAGCAGGAGGAUCCACUGCCCCCUGACAUUAAAAGGGAAGAGGAGGAACUCUGGAUCACUCAGGAGGAAGAGUGUCUUCUCGGGCAGGAGGAGGCUGAUCUCACCAAGUUUCCACUGACUGUUGUGACUGUGAAGAUAGAAGAGCAUGAAGAGAAACCACCUGAGUCCUCACAGCUUCAUCACAGUCCAAGUGAGGAGAAGAGAGAGGUGGAGCUUCCAAGCAGCAGCUCAACACAACACACUGGUGACCACUGUGGAGGAUCACAAGCAGAUAACCUCUUAGCUCCACUGUCAGAUAGUGACGACACAACGUCACUCGUCAAUGUAAAUAUAGAAUCACACAUGACAAAAACACACACAAAAAAAACAACUUUGGAUUGUUCGGUUCCUGGUAGAACAUUCUCCGACAAAGAUAAUAUGCAUUCAGAUAUGAGAAAACACACAGGAGAAAAACCUUUCAGUUGUUCAGCGUGCGAUAAACUAUUCUCUAACAAAAGUAAUAUGCACACACACAUGAGAACGCACACCGGAGAAAAACCUUUCAGUUGUUCAGUUUGCGGUAAAAGAUUCUCAAACAAACGAAAUAUGCAAACACACGUAAGAACGCAUACAGGAGAAAAACCUUUCUGUUGUUCAAUGUGUGGCAAAAGAUUCUCGAACAAAACUGAUAUGCAUACACACAUGAGAACACACACAGGAGAAACCCCUUAUAGUUGUUCUGUUUGUGCAAAAGGUUUUGUGAGAAGCUCCUACUUGACGCAGCACAUGCGGACACACACAGGAGAAAAACCUUUCAGUUGCUCAAACUGUGGCAAAAAGUUCUCUCAAAGGGGAACGAUGCUGUCGCACAUGAAAACCCACACAGGAGAAAAACUUUUCAGUUGUUCGCUGUGUGAUAAAAGACUCUCUGACAAACGUAAUAUGCAAACACACAUGCGGACACACACGGGAGAAAAACUUUUUAGUUGUUCAGUGUGUGAAAAAGGAUUCUCCGACAAACGCAAUAUGCAAACACACAUGCGGACGCACACCGGAGAAAAACCUUUCAGUUGCUCAAACUGUGGCAAGAAGUUCUCUCAAAGUGGAACGAUGCUGUCACACAUGAGAACGCACACCGGAGAGAAACCUUUCACUUGUUCAGUGUGUGAUAAAAGAUUCUCUGACAAGCGUAAUAUGCAAAGACAUAUAAGGACACACACAGGAGAAUGAUUUUUUCAUUUUUCCUGCAGAGUCAUUACGUAAUAGUCUACUGUAAGGAUUCUUAAAUUCCACACUCUGAUCCAGAUCCGGAGCAUGAGGCACGUCAGCCUGGACCCAGUUUGAUUCACAGCCAUCCAUUAAAGAUAACUGGUGAACUAUUUUCACUUAUUUUACUAAAAUUCAAAAUUGGGAUAAGAACCUGUUCACAAAAAACUAUUCAAAUACUUUCACGGGAACAAUUCAGGUCAAUGACAAUUUAAAGGGUUUUAAUGGGUCUGAAGUGCAACAUUUAGUUAUAUGACUCAAAGCAAACAACCUUCCAUAGUCAUGGUGCAUUAAAAAAAAAAGUAACACUAAAUUGGCCCUAGUAUGUGAAUGAGAGUGUGAAUGUUGUCUGUCUAUCUGUGUUGGCCCUGUGAUGAGGUGGCGACUUGUCCAGGGUGUACCCCGCCUUCCGCCCGAAUGCAGCUGAGAUAGGCUCCAGCACCCCCGCGACCCCGAAAGGGACACACAGUAGAAAACGGAUGGAUGGAAAAAACACAAAAUGCCAACAGACAUGGUCACACAUAACACAAUAUACCACAGUGAGUGAAUAUUAUUUUAAAAAAACGUUUAUGCACUAUAAACAUUGUCAGAAUUACACCCAUUUAAAUCCAUUACAAAGCAUUAUGGGUAAAAUGCAAAACACUACCUCCACACUUAUCCAUGUUUGGGGCAUUUUUGCUGCUUGAUAUUUCUGAUUGGUUACAAAACUUUAAGGAGGUUGUGACGGAAGUAAACAAGGUAGAAGUCAAACUUUCACAUACUCUUAAUAUCCAGUUAUAUUAUUUAUUAAUUAUAUAUAUUUUAUAUUAAUAUGUAC